AUGCGACAAUUCCUCCAGACACUACUUAUCGCCAUCACCCUCGCAGCGCCACUAUUCAAAUACCCACCCUACGCCGCCGCCGUCUUCACUUUGGUCGUCAUCUGGAACCACUUAUUCCCUUCCGAACAACCUGAUCCAGAAGUCCUACUCUUACCCACCAAAAUCCCAUAUCUGGCGGCUUUGAAACCACUGGAUGAUCCCACUCCGCAUAUUGGCGAACAUUGUCCCACUUGCUGGGAAGAAUUGAGUAAAGACAACAAACCGACGAAAUUGGUUUGUGGUCAUGUGUAUUGCAAUUCGUGUUUGCUGGAAUGGAUCGACUCGGGGAAAAACACAUGUCCGAUUUGCAAGAAGGUGCUUUUUCUGCAACCCUUGUUUACAGGCAAAGAUCUCAUGGCUUUGAGGAUCCAUAAACUCCGCAUCGCCAUGUCCGCAACCACAAUCCUCACUACCCUGUUCCGCCAAAUCCUCGCCUUUAUCGCCCGCCAUCCCAGGGGUGUCCCGCUAUCUUGGAACCUCUUGAACCCAAUAUACUAUCUCACCGGCUACGGCAGCUGGACCAAAUCCCUCGGCGCAGCAGCAACUGCAAUUUCCGAGCUCGCACAAGUGGUGACGGCGAAAUGGUUAUUCGACACCCAUGGCGUGGAAUGGUUCAGAGGGUUUGGAAACGGGCAUUGGAUGAUUUGGCUGCCGGCGUUGUGGUUUGGAGCGUAUCAUCUGCAGCAGGAGGUUGAUAACUUGUCCCGUCAUAACAAGAACCAGGUAGGCGGUUCCAUCGCGGGCCUCAUGCACGGUAUAAUGCUCUCACGCCUCGGCCAUCAUGUUCACAUCCUGGAACGAUCUACCGAAAACUUUCGGCACGGUCAGGCAGCAGGCAUUCGUGCCGGGCCUGAAGCUCAGAAGUUCCUGUCCGAAUUCGAUCUCUACAAACACGACCCGUAUUCUGUAGACUGCCCUGGAAUGCAGUUUAUCAACCAGAAGAGCGACUAUGGGCGUUUUGUCAAGUUUCCAAUGAAGCAGACGAGCUGGACUAUGUUGUACUAUCGGCUGAGGGCGAACUUUGACGGGUUGGUGAGUAAGCAUUGUCCUGCUCCCCUAGAGUUGGCUAGCGAAGCUGGCAGUGCAAAGUAUGAUCUUGGGAAGCGGGUCUUGGGAUUGACAGAGGAUGGGAGUCAAGUUCAGGUCCAGUACAGAGAUGUCGCCACUGAAGAAAUCAAGACUGUUCAGGCAGAUCUGGUCAUUGGAGCCGAUGUUUCAUAUUCUGCCAUCAGACGUAUCUUUCAUCCGCCUUCGGAAAGAGAAGAGCGACCCUACGCAGGGUAUCUGGCAUGGCGAGGUGGUGUGUUGGAGUCCGAGAUUACCCAAGCGACCAGGGACGUCCUGAAGAACAAUUUUACGAUCUUCAAGAUGCCGAAGAAUUACAUCCUUGUCUACGCCAUCCCCGGCCAUGAUGGAAGUCUCGAGCUAGGAAAUCGCAUUUUGAACUUCGUCUGGUACCACAACUGCCCCGAAAAUUCUGAGUUCCGCAUUGUCAUGACUGACAUAUCUGGACAAACGCACCGCUCAACUCUCCAGCCAGGCAUGCUCCGACCUGAAGUUUGGGAACAGCAGGUUAAGUUUGCUCAAGCGAACUUUCCUGCGCCUUUCAUCGAACUUGUGGAGAAGACAUCUCAGCCCUUCGUUGCAGCCGUGAGCGAUAAUACUUGUGAUCGAGCAACAUUCAUGAACGGCAAAGUGAUCCUGGUCGGUGACGCAUUGGCUCUGUUUCGGCCGCAUAUCGCCCUGUCCGCAAAUCAAGCUGCUUAUGACUGUCUCGAAUUGCAAAAAGUGUUGAAGGGUGAGAUGAGUAUGAAACAUUGGGAAAGGAAUGUGCUGGGGUAUGCAGCGAAGACGAGACAGCUAAGUGUUGUCGUUGGCACCUUUUCGCAGUAUGGCGGUUGGAAGUUGAUCAAGAGUGUUCUCGUGUAUGCCCUGUUGCUGUUGAGACAGGGAAUGUUGAGCUUGGUGCGAUGGUUGACGCGGUCUUGA